AUGCCGGGAAGGAUUAUACAAAAGUCCUGCCCAAACCUCACCAAGAUGUCGUGCUACCUACACCAGUGCCUCCCUCCCGUCUACCAGGACCCCAUCCCCAUCAAGUGCCCGCUGAUGUACACCACCAGACACCUGCCAGUGCCUACCUGGCACUCGACACUGUGCACCCCACAGUAUGUGACCCCCCGCGUCCCCCGGCAGCGGAUCAUGUCCUCCAGCUUCUCUCAACAGCAGUGUGUGACCCAGUGUGUGCCGCGGCAGCAGUAUGCACCCAAAUGCGUGCCGCAGCAGCAGCGCGUGACCCAGCGCAUCCUACAGCAGCCGUGUGUAACGCGGUGCGUGACGACCUGCGUGCCGCAGCAGCGGUGUGCGACCACGGGUGCGGCGCAGCAGCCUUGCGUGACCCAGUGUGUGCCGCAGCAGCGGUGUGCCACCGCAGGCGUGCCGCAGGAGUGUGCAACCAAGCGCCUGACCACCUAUGCCCCCCAGCAGCAGUGCGAGACCAGGUGCGUGACCACCUGCGUGCCGCAGCGGCCGUACCUGACCGAGCGCAUCCCACAGGAGCAGUGUGCCACCAAGUGCGUCCCGCAGCAGUGUGUGACCACGUACAGCCCGCAGCAGCCAUGUGCCACCAGAUGUGUCACCACGUGUGUCCCGCAGCAGCGUGCGACCAAGUGUGUCUCAUACCAGUUUGCGACCUCUUGUGCCCCGCAGCAGCAGCGUGCCACCGCGUAUGUCCCGCAGCAAUGUGCAACCAGGUGUGUGACCAAGUGUGUCCCCCAGCAGCAGUGUGCCACCACGGGGGUUACGAUCUGUGUCCCACAGCAGCAGUGUGAGACAGCUUGUGGCCCACAGAAGCAGUGUGCCACCAAGUGUGUCCCACAGCAGCAGUGUGUGACCAAGUGUGUCCCACAGCAGCAGUGUGUGACCAAGUGUGUCCCACAGCAGCAGUGUGCCACCAAGUGUGUCCCACAGCAGCAGUGUGUGACCAAGUGUGUCCCACAGCAGCAGUGUGCGACCAAAUGUGUCCCACAGCAGCACUGUGCCACCAAGUGUGUCCCACAGCAGCAGUGUGUGACCAAGUGUGUCCCACAGCAACAAUGUGCGACCAAGUGUGUCCCACAGCAGCAGUGUGCGACCAAAUGUGUCCCACAGCAGCAGUGUGCGACCAAGUGUGUCCCACAGCAGCAGUGUGCGACCAAGUGUGUCCCACAGCAGCAGUGUGCGACCAAGUGUGUCUCACAGCAGCAGUGUCAGUCAGGUGGCGUAAAAAUUUCAAGUCACUCUAAAAAGUACUGCUCUGCGUCCAAAUGGCCCUGGUAA